AUGGCUAAAGCCAACAAGGGCGGUCGCCGCAGAGGCGAAAAUCGGGGGUCUGGAGUUGCAUCGACUGUACACUACGUCCCUUCUCCGGCCGGGUCCCGGGUUUUUGCUAUUGAAGAGCUUACAGUCUCCAUACUUUGCCACCUACCUGAUGCCGUCUUACUCUCCAAAUCCCAGCGCGUCUGUCAACAAUGGAGGGCCGUUGCUCAAAAACUCCUUCAGCCACUUCUGAGCGGUGUCCCCGCGCCGUGCAACCGUCCGCCAGGUGGUAGCAGGGAGAUCAAUGCGCUUCUCCUUGAUCAUUUUGGGACUAUUCUCAGCGACGGCUCAAUGCAGCUCGAGAUUGGGCUGUGGCUCACCGGCCACCGUUACUCCAGUAUGCGUUCGCUGGUUGAUCUGCCGAUGGCGACGUCUGGUCCGGGGCGGGCGGUGCACGACGCGUACGCCCGUGUCGGCGCGAGCUGGAGAGGCAUGCAAAUCUACCGCCCGCCCGUCUACGAGCUUCGCUAUCGGCGCGAGGUUGGCGCCGAGAUCGAGGUGGUCAAGGUGGCGGGCGGCGUGCGGCUGGGACAGGUGUGCGAUGUCCUGGUCGCCAUCACGGGCCGGACAAAGGGACUGGCGUGGAACGAGAUGCGGGUAACUUGGCCCCAAGCGUCGACGGGGCGCGAUGACAAAGGCGAUGCAGGCAGCGGGGAGAGCGAGACCGUUCGCGAGACCGUCCGGGAUUAUAUCCUCUUGGAAAAGGUCCGGCACGUGUUGCCAGCGUUUUGCGACUGUUUCUGGGGAGGUUGUCGCAACGAGAGGCGCUGCUUGGGCGACAAGAAGAGAAAGAUGCAGCUGAUUGCAUCGAACAAAUGGCGAGUCACGAGCAAGGAGUUUAUGGAGGAGGAUCUGCUGGUACAGAUCUAG